GGCUCCGCCGCUCCGCAGCCGCCCCCGCCUUCUGCGCGCCGCGGCGCCCGGCUCUACUUAAGCAGCGCGCUGGCCGCCACCCGGCACUCCCCUGAAGCGCGCGGGCGAGGCGGGAGGAGUGCAGCGGCGCUCGCGGGGGCGCACAGAGGCGCGCUCGCAUCGUGCGCUCGGCUCCGCGCGGCUCUCGGUGGCAGCGGCGGGCCGGGGCGCAGGGCUGAACGAGCGUCCGAGAAAGGCGGCGGCGGCUGAUCCGGCGCGCGGCCCGGCUCUCGGCCACUGCCCUAGCCCGGCCACCUCCUGGCCAUGGCUCUGGCGGACAGCACUCGUGGACUACCCAACGGGGGUGGUGGCGGCGGCAGCGGCUCCUCGUCGUCUUCGGCUGAGCCGCCGCUCUUUCCCGACAUCGUGGAGCUGAACGUGGGGGGCCAGGUGUAUGUGACCCGGCGCUGCACGGUGGUGUCGGUUCCCGACUCGUUGCUCUGGCGCAUGUUCACGCAGCAGCAGCCGCAGGAGCUGGCCCGGGACAGCAAAGGCCGCUUCUUUCUAGACCGAGACGGCUUCCUCUUCCGCUACAUCUUGGAUUACCUGCGGGACUUGCAGCUCGUGCUGCCUGACUACUUCCCCGAGCGCAGCCGGCUGCAGCGCGAGGCCGAGUACUUCGAGCUGCCGGAGCUCGUGCGCCGCCUCGGGGAGCCCCAGCAGCCCGGCCCCGGGCCGCCGCCGCCGCACUCGCGGCGCGGGGUGCAGAAGGAGGGCUCGCUGGGCGACGAGCUGCUGCCGCUCGGCUACGCGGAGCCUGAGCAGCAGGAGGGCGCCUCGGCUGGGGCGCCGUCGCCCACCCUGGAGGUGGCUAGCCGCAGCCCGUCGGGGGGCGCGGCCGGCCCGCUGCUCACGCCGUCCCAGUCGUUGGACGGCAGCCGACGCUCGGGCUACAUCACCAUCGGCUACCGCGGCUCCUACACCAUCGGGCGGGACGCGCAGGCGGACGCCAAGUUCCGGCGAGUGGCGCGCAUCACCGUGUGUGGCAAGACAUCGCUGGCCAAGGAGGUGUUCGGGGACACCCUGAACGAGAGCCGGGACCCCGACCGGCCUCCGGAGCGCUACACCUCGCGCUAUUACCUCAAGUUCAACUUCCUGGAGCAGGCCUUCGACAAGCUGUCCGAGUCGGGCUUCCACAUGGUGGCGUGCAGUUCCACAGGCACCUGCGCCUUCGCCAGCAGCACCGAUCAGAACGAGGACAAGAUCUGGACCAGCUACACCGAGUACGUCUUCUGCAGGGAGUGAACUCCCCACACCCUCUUGCGACUCCAGCGCGCCCAUUCCCUCUCCUUCUUGCCGGGGAAAGGGCUAUAGAUUUCCCCUCCCACCCCACGUUCUCCCAUUCCCCUGUUCCCCACCUGCGGUAGACCCACUGACCCCUCACUUUAGUACCUGCAGCCACAGAUCCUCUCGGCUUCUUCGUCUUCUCUGGACCCCACUAAAAGAGAGCGCCCAGACGUACCUCUCCACCCCAUGCUUCCUCUGCCCCCGGCCUCAAGCCACCCCUCCCCCGGAUUGUCCUUCAGUCUGGAUGUAGUGGGGCAGUGAGGCUACAAAGUCACCUAGUACCUGGGAAUGACUGAAUUGUUCCGAACCUAACUGGACCCUGUCCAGUGUAUAGAAGAUUCCUUGAAAUCUUCUCAAGCCCUGAUGACUCAUUCGCGGUUUAAGAGAGAGAGUUGGUAGCAGUGUGUGGGAAUAGUUUUGAAAGGUCAUUUAUUGCGUAGUCUUUUGACCCUCUUUAAAGGUGAAGUUUUAGGAGGCUGAUUGGAAGACUCCAGAGCUGGAAUUAGGAUCCCGCGGAGGCCGUUCAGGGCCUUUUCAAAGUUUUGAAAAGUUACAGGUAGAAGUAGGAGAAGAAUAUGGUGAUGGCAUAAUGAAGGAGCGUUUGGUUUCUGUGCAGAUUUAAAGGUCUUCGCCUGUGGUUUAUACUUGUAGAAAGUUCCCCUCCUGCCUGAAGAGGCACCCUUUCUCCGGGGCUCACCGCCAGAAGCCCUUGGUUCGACUGCUUGACAUGGCACCCGUUAUUGGCAAGAGGGGGAAAGAGAGAAUGACAGCUCAGGUCGCCGAGCAUUGCGGGAGGUCACCUGGCUGUGACUGUGAACGGAGCGGGGUAGUAAUGCACGUCGUGGGUAUUAAGAAAACCUGUAUUAUUGCAGUGACUGUCAGUAGGACCUUAGCUCUUAAGCCUUGGGGGGUGGG